CGAAUUUGCCAUUCUCUGAAUUGUUCAUUUUAUGAUGUUCGUAAGUUACUUUAAAAUGUGGAAAAUCAUGCUUUGUAUCUGUUCCAUUGCUACAGUGACAUCUCAAAAAAUAUUCCAAAUUGCAACGCCAAAUGUAAAAACUGGUGUAUCGCUUCACUGGGAUGAUUGUACGCAAAGUGUGUAUUUUGUGGAUUUUCAAGCAAUUGGGCGAAAUCGAUCAAUUUAUCGUUAUGAUUUAAAUGAUGCUACUCUAUAUUCAGCGUAUAUUGAUGGCGAAUCGUUGCCCAUAUACAUUUUCCCAAUUAAAGAAUGUGAACAAUAUAAAGAAUGGUUUGUUGUUGGUUUGGCCAAUGCAACAAAAAUAAUUCAAUGGAAUAAACAUUCAGCCGUUGCCACGGUUGCUAGUACAUUAUUUACCCUAAAGUUGAAUGAUCCCAGUAUGCGUUCAGUCGUUGGUCGUGUGGAUUCACAAGGACGCUUGUAUGCGGGCACAUUUUCGUAUCUUUUUUGCGGUGGUUCGGCAAAUGCAUCGUUUUAUAUGUAUAGAAAAGGUGAAGAUGUUCAGCGUGUAUUUGGAAAUGUUGUGACUACAACGGGUAUUGCAUUCAAUAUGCCCGCAAGAAAACUGUAUCAUUUGGACUCAUGCCGUCUUCAAAUUGUUGAAUUUGAUGAAGAUAAAGUGACUGGCGAUAUUUGCAAUGGUCGAGUGGUAUUCGAUUUCAAGCAACAUUUGCCAUACUUUGUCCCGCUUGGUUUGGAAGCAGAUUCAAAGGGAAUGUUAUACGUUGCAAACUAUUCACAAGGUUCGAUUGCGAAAAUUGAUCCAAGAACAAAUACUGUAAUUGAUUUUAUCGAUGUACAUGCAAAGGCAUUGGCCUCAAUUGUUUUCGGUGGGCCACAUCGUGAUAUUUUAUUUGCUUUGGCUGGAUCAUCUGUGCUCGAUGUACACACAGGACAAAUUGCUGGAGAAGCGAUUGAAAAUGGCUAUCUCUAUGUGAUACGUGAUCUAAAUGCAAGAGGUCAUCGAUAUUCGAGACUCAUCAUUUAAAUUAUGUGAUGUGCAUACAUUUGAACAGUUUAUCUACUCAUUAUUUCGUUAUAAUUAAGUUUAACUCUAAACUCAUUUCAUUUGACUGACGGAAAAAGGAAUACCGAGAUAGUUUGACCAUAAAUCAAUGAAAAACACAAUCUACAUAGUCCAUAGAUUACAGACAUUUUAUUAAGUAAUACUCGAAUACAUGUUAUUAUCAACGCGGCAGUGAAUCACAUCGUGCGAUUUAAUCUUAUCGCACUCGCUGACUGCUGAAAAUAGCCUUCAUGUCAUUCGGGAAAUUUGCAUAUAAGAACGCUUCGCUUGUUUUUUUCUAUUCAAAAUCAGCUUAUACAAGAUUAACAAAUUAUAUUCGUCGCAAUCUUUCAUUUCUAGGACUAAACCUGGCGAAACAUGGAAAAGAGAUACAGUUUAUAAUCUGAAUGUAUGUCGGUUUCUCCUGCAUAUAAAUAUCAGCUUUCGUCAUGAAGUAGUGUUGUAUUCAAAUUGAAGCUUAUAGCCAGACUAUGAAGAUAAAAUCGUAGAAUAGAUCUGAUAUAAUAUGAUACAUGUUAUUUUGUUUAAAACGUAAGCUGCAAAGAAUUUCAAAUAUUAUUUCACCGCCAACACCGCAAUUAAAUUUCAUGAAAUGCAUGCACCAUUUAUUAUAUUGUAAUAAUCCAAUUACACAUUCAAAAUAUUUGUAAUUUAUGUUAUCAUAAUCCCAAUGUCCAAAAUUGAGUUUUGCAUAUUAAAUCAACACCACUAAAUAUUAUUUGAUAUUAUAAAUAAUAAUGAUGCCAACAAUAUGGUUCAUUUAAACAAGUGGCAUCAACAGCACCUGUUUUUUAUUUGAUUAUAUAAAAUACGACAUCUACUUUUUCGACACUUAAUUCAAUAAAAUAGCGUAUCAUUCUCUUUUUUGUCGGGCAAAACGUUGUAUAACGUUGUCAACAAUCAAUAUGUCUGUUACUAUGAACUAUUUUUGUUCAAUUUCGAAAUUCGAUUUUUUGUGAUCGUUAAGAAACUUAACUCAUUUCUCGUUAAAUUAGAAUACGUUGCGUUGAAAGUAACGCGUACAUUUCGAUUUUGUGACUUUUAUUUAAAAAAAAACUACCGAUACAAAAUAUAGAAUAUAGUGAAUCUA